AUGGACGUCUCGAUAGCUAUAUAUCUGGACUGCAAGUCAGUGAACGAUCCAAACGAUCCAAAAAAAGUAUGCUUUAAAGAUUCAGUCUACAAAAUAUUUUUAGAUACAGUUCAUGAUUAUGUCCCAGAUCUUGACAAAGCUGGUGGCCAUGGACACAUUGUUCAGAUAGAUGAGAGCUGCAUCUCAUCUGCAAAGAGAUCGAGGAAACAGAAUGCACGCAUUGAUAUGCAAACAAAGGAUGCUCUUCUGAUGGAAGUAGAAAGGCGAGACGCUGGCACGUUGUUGCUUUUGAUACAGCAUCAUGUUCUGCCCACGGGACAGAAUGUAAACAAUGACGAUACCAUAGGUGGCAUAGGAGUACAGAUCUCCGAUUUAAACAGACUGACGGGUACUAAGAAAAAUGUAAUCAAUCUAGAUGCAUUAAAUCUAGAAAAAGAUGAUGAAAUAAAGGCAAACAGUUCUGGAAAUUCUAAAAAGGGCAAUGUUAGUAAUUUAAUACUGACAAUAAAAACUAUUCUGAGCAACAAAAUUGAGAGCAAAUUGCCUCAAUAUGCUGAUCAUAACCUUUUUAAAAUUUCAAGCUUAAAAAAAGCUAAAUUUGAGUCAAUUCUUGACAAAAAGUUGAAAAAAUUAGAACUAUUUAUUGAAAAAAAAAUCUUCAGAAAAAUGGUGAGUAAUGCGGCUAAUAACAAUAGCCCAAAAGUAGUUCAAGACAAAGAAACCAAUAAAGGAGAAAGAAAGCAGCGAUCUGAUUGCAAGAUCCACGAGUAUAACAAAGAAGCUUAUCCCCACAAGCUCACUGGGAAGGAAAACAAAGGAGUGGAACAACACGAUUAUCUUCAGCUGCCUAAAAGGAGCAGAUGA